AUUUCACUACAUCAUAAUUGACGGUAGAAUCGUCGGUUUUCUCUUGGUGAAGCGCAUUUUUCUCUUUGCUGUGUUUGCAUAAAUGUUACAAUAAUGAUGGCUUCUUCAUCAUUAGCGUCAAAUUCACCAUCAUCAUCUGGUGCUACUAGUGGCCCAAUCUCCGUAAAUAUGGCUACCGGUGGUCCUAAUCUUUCAUCCGCAUCUACAACAUUAACAUCAUCAUGGUCAUUCUUUAAUUUUUUAAUGAAAAAAUAUGAUCUCAUCAACACACCAGAAUUUAUUGAUUUUAUUCGACAACAACAAACGCACAAUAAUGAAUCAUUAAUAUCCGAUGAUGAUAAAUUAGAUUUAAUGAGGCAGGUACUACGCCGUGAAAUUCGACGAGAAUUGAAAAUUCAAGAAGGUGCGGAUAAACUCCGUCGAGCAUCAACAGAUCGGAAGGCCUGGUCUAACGUAGAUAAAAUGAUCAAAAGUUCCAAUUGUAAGCUUCAAGAACUAAACGAUGAUUUAGCUGAAUUGGAACGUUUUAUGGUCGAAUGUCAUAGUGGGUCGUCAAGUAAUAAGAAACUUAGUAAUAAUAAUCAUUAUAGCAAUGUCAUGAGCUUGAAUAAUACUAAUAACAAUUCUAUGAUGUUGUUACAACAUCAAGAUAGCCAGACAUCAUCAGAUAGUCGCGAAGAUUACACUUCUUUGAAUGUUGAUUAUGGAGAUAUCGGAGUUUCGGAAACGAAUUUAUCCGAUAAAACAGCUAGUCAACAAUCUAAAUCAAAAACGUUAUCAUCAGAGACCGAAUCAAGCCUUAAACAUCAACAACUAAUCGAUCAACUUCAAGAACAAUUAGAAACAUUUGAAAAGCGAAUUAGUAUCGAACAAAAAGUUAAACAAGGUGCAGAAAAUAUGAUUGAAACUUUAGCUGCAUCGUCUGGACAAAAUCGAUCUGAUCAAAAACGUUCAAAAAUUUUGGCUGACCAAGCACAUUCGAUGCAUGAAGAAUCGAAAACUCGCAUUGAAUAUAUUCGCAUGCAAAUUGUUCGUGUCAAAAGUGAAAUUCAAAAUCUACGACAGCAACAAGAAGCUCUCAUGGAAAAUGGCACUGCUAAUAUUUUGGGCAAGAAUCAAAAUGACAAUCUUGCACAUCCAUCGUUGGAUCUUCGAAUCGAAGAACUUCGUUAUCGUUUACGUGUCGAAUGUGCUGUUGUUGAAGGAGCAAAAAAUGCAAUUAGAUCAUUAUCAAGAACUUCCGGUGAAAAAUUAUUGCAAGAAGCUCAAUCAUCGAUGCUAGAAUCAUCUCAAAAAGUCGAUAUUCUUCGCAAAGCUUUAGAUAUAUGCCGUUCCAAUUUGCCGGCAAACAGUUUCAAAGCUCAACAAUUGAAGCAGGAAUUGGAAUCCAGUCAAUCAGCUAAUUCGAGAUUGAAUUCUCCUACUAUCGUUUUGGCCACUAAUUCUGAUUAUGUCGCAUCGUUCCGUAAUGACCGUCAAAAUUCCUCAAAUGGCAGUGGCUCUAUUUCCUCUUCAUCAUCGACAGUUUCGUUCAUGUCGAAACCGGCUGCUGUUACUGGUAGAUUAGAAGUACGCUUACUCGGUUGUAAAAAUCUAUUGGAAGAAAUACCUGGCCGUUCAAGAUACAAAGAAAAAGAUAGCUCUGGUGCAAUAGAUUUGAAAAAUUUCGUACGAUCUAAAGGUCUGGGUCGCACUUCAUCGAAAAGCUAUUCAAUCAAAGAAGAGGUUUCAAACGAAAUAAUGGCUUUGUUAAAAUUAGAUAAUGUUACUGUCGGUCAGACAAGUUGGCGGCAAUGUAGUCAAGAAGCAUGGGAUCAACGUUUUACAUUUGAUCUGGAUCGUUGUAAAGAACUUGAAAUUCAGAUUCAUUGGCAUGAUUGGCGUUCAUUGUGUGCAUUGAAAUUUAUACGACUUGAAGAAUUUAUUGACAAUCAUCGGCAUGGAAUACCUAUCCCAUUGGAACCAUGUGGGAUAUUGUUUGCUGAAUUUCGGUUUUUCAAUCCAACUUUAACUGCGCCACGAUCCAAAGGUCUAAAACGGCAAAAACUGUUUCGUCAAAAAGGAACCGAUACAAAUUUCCUACGACCCAAUCAAAUGAACAUGACCGUAGCUGCAUGGGGUCGAUUUUUGAAGCGAGCUUUUCCAUCUACAGCACCUUCAGCAACCCAACAGCAACUUUCACAAUCGCAACAACAGCCUCAGAUUUCGUCCGUAGCCACAUCUUUUGCUGCAAGCGCGCCCGAGUCAUUAACUUCGAUUUCCAAUAUUGAUCAACAAUCAUCAUCACCAGCAUCAACAUCUAUGACUAUAUCUAUGGUCGGUGGAAUACUAGCCUCAAACGAACAAUCUCAACCAUAUCGAAUCAUUGCAGGCAAAUCAUCGACACCUCCACAAUCGACAAAAUCAUCAGCACCACAUAGCACGCGUUCAUCAUUUGAAGAACAUUCAGUAUCUUCAACUUCAUCAUCAUCAUCAUCAAAUUCCGCUUAUCCACCAAAUAAUAAGGAUAUCCGAUCGCUUAUCAAUGAUACGCUCGCCAAACCAUUAGAUACAAUUUCUGUAAAAAGUAUUUCACGUGAAUCAUCGCAAGAUCCAUCCGACUAUUCAUCUAACUUAGUGUCCAUAAAUUUGGAACCAAUUGUCAAAGAGCCAUCACCCGAACAACAACAAGAGAAAACUCCAUGCACAUCAUCAUCAGUUAACAAAUUAAGUGAUAAUAGUACCAUUUCGAUUGGUGAAAUCUCGACAACUUCUUUGUCCACAGCUGUAGCAACUGCACAACACACCACCCCUAGUCCAUUAGAACUGAAUUUAUCUUCGUUGAAGAUACAUGGUUCAUCAUCGGCCACUUCAAUAUCAUCAGCUUCAUUUCAACCAAUUAUCGAUAAUUUUAAACCUUUUGAUGACGAAUUCGCAUCCAUCCAAAGGCAACAUUCGACUCCAGAUUCACCCGAAGGUUAUCAAUUACCGGUGUUUCCUAAACCUAAACAUCAACAACAACCUCAACCACCACCAAAGCCCAUAAUUUGUGCUAAAUCACAGAUGACACGAAAAUCACUCACACCAUCUACGAAAAUAAUUUCUUUGAAUGACUUUGAAUUGAUUGCUGUACUUGGUCGUGGUCAUUUUGGCAAAGUUUUACUUGGAAAAUACAAACGCACAAAAAAUUAUUUUGCCAUCAAAGCACUGAAAAAAAGUGACAUUAUUGCUCGCGAUGAAAUUGACUCAUUAUUGUCUGAGAAACAAAUCUUUGAAACUGUGACGGCCGUUCGUCAUCCAUUUCUGGUUAAUUUGUUCGCCUGUUUCCAGACAUCGCAACACGUUUGUUUUGUUAUGGAAUAUGCAUGCGGUGGUGACCUAAUGAUGCACAUUCAUGAUCAAGUGUUUAAUGAACCUCGUACCAUUUUCUAUGCAAGUUGUGUCUUAUUGGGUUUGGAAUUUUUACAUAAAAAUCUUAUUGUUUAUAGAGAUCUUAAACUUGACAAUCUCUUACUCGAUCAAGAAGGCUAUGUGAAAAUUGCUGAUUUUGGCCUAUGUAAAUUAGGUAUCGGUUAUGGUGAUCGUACGGGUACAUUUUGUGGCACACCAGAAUUUCUUGCGCCAGAAGUAUUAACCGAAAAUACUUAUACACGAUCGGUUGAUUGGUGGGGAUUUGGCGUUUUGAUAUUUGAAAUGUUGGUCGGUGAGUCACCAUUUCCUGGCGAUGAUGAAGAAGAAGUAUUUGAUUCUAUUGUUAAUGAAGAAGUUAAAUACCCAAAAUUUUUAUCACUUGAAGCCGUAUCGUUGAUGCGUAGGUUGUUGAAAAAGCCACCAGAAAAACGCCUCGGAUCAUCUGAACGUGAUUCUGAAGAUGUCAAACGACAAUCUUUUUUUCGAACUAUGAAUUUCGAAAAUUUACUUCAGAAAAAAAUUCGUCCUCCGUUUGUACCAAAAGUGAGAUCAAUGGAAGAUGUAUCUAAUUUCGAUUAUGAAUUCACAUCCGAACGGCCACAAUUAACACCAUCGAAAGAACAAAGGCCAAUAUCUGCCGAAGAUCAACAACAAUUUCGUGAUUUUGAUUAUUUUAGCGAAUUAUGGGCAGCUAAAAUUUGUGGCACCGAUUUAUAGUUUUUGAAACGAUCGCUGCUAUUGCUGAAAAUAUGUGAUACAUAGACAAACACUCAAUUCUGUCUAAUAGACGUACCGCACAAUUCGUUAUAUCCGACAAUCAUCAAUUUUUUCCAUUCAAUCUAAUUCUAUCUAAAUCUGUGAUUAUCACAUCGUAAAUAACGAUAGGCUGCUUCAUUGGACAAAUCUUGGCUUCC